UUGAUGAUUUUGAGGAAAUUAGACUUAUCUGAAGUUGUAACCGCUGAGAAGGUUUGCAAGUAGCCACCAGUGUUUUCAAUGUGGUAUCCCAGGAGGUUUAACUGGCAUGCAUUUCAUUGCUUUUUUUUUUUUUUUUCUAUGAUUUGAAUUUUUGGAAUUCAAUUCUUGUUUGUUUUAAAUCUAGCCUUCAAUCUUACAAUGCCAAGAGAAGAAGCACAACUUUACAGAAAGCUGGAGCACUGACUGGCAAGGUUGUUGAUUAAUCUUGGAGAAGUGAAGAAAGAUAUGUGGAUAGCAGCGAUUUUCACUCUGGUUGUUGCCGGGGGAAUAUAUCAGAUGGCAAAACCACCUCCUUCAAAAAUAUGUGGUUCACCUAAUGGUCCUCCGGUAACAUCACCUAGAAUCAAAUUGAGGGAUGGAAGGUACUUGGCUUACAAAGUCCGAGGAGCUGCAAAAGAAAUUGCUAAACACAAAGUCUUCAUCAAUCAUGGUUUUACUUCCUCAAAAGACCUUUAUAUACCUAUGUCAGAUGAAUGGUUGCAAGAUAUGGGCAUAUGUCUCAUUACUUUCGACAGACCAGGAUACGCUGAAAGUGAUCCAAAUCCUCAUCGCUCACCAAAAAAUGAUGCUCUUGAUAUUCAAGAACUUGCUGAUCAAUUAGAGCUUGGCCCUAAGUUCUAUGUCCUUGGACUUUCCAUAGGUUCUUACCCUGCUUGGGGCUGCCUCAAAUACAUACCUCACCGGCUGGCUGGUGUGGCAUUUGUAGUCCCAGUUAUCAACUACUGGUGGCCUACGCUUCCUUCUGAAAUACGCAGCAAAGCAUAUUGUAAGUUGCCAUUGCUGGAGCAAUGGAGACUCCGGUUCAUCCAUUAUGCCCCUUAUCUAGCAUGGUCGAUGCAACGAUGGAUAAGUUUCCCUUCUAUACAUACAGUUCUGAAGAAAAACCCUGAAGCUUACAAUAAGAACGACCUAGCUGUCAUGGAACUCUUAGCACGAGUACCAGCUCCUGAUAAGGGAAAAACAAACCAGCAAGGUGAAUAUGAGUCCUCAUACCGAGAUUUUGUAGUCGCAUAUGGUUCCUGGGACAUCAAUCCAUUGGAACUAACCAACCCAUUUCCUGAAAACAGCAGCGCUGCAGUUCACUUGUGGAUAGGAUGUGAAGAUCGCAUUGUUGAUACAGAGUUAUCGUACUAUCUAGCUCGAAGACUGCCUUGGAUCCACACUCAUGAAGUUCCAUAUGGUGGGCAUCUUUACCUGCAUGACAAGGAUCUCUGUGGAAUGAUCUUAAAAUCACUGGUGCUUGGAGAAAAGCCUUCUUUUGAGUAGGCUUAUUCAGUUGGCCUUAAUAAUGUUGGAAGUUUGGUUUGAUGCUUGUUUUUCUGUUGUUUUAUGAAUUGUGGUUUCUCAUUCAGUAACUCGCAGAAAAUAACUUAUGAAACUUUUGCUUUGAACAAGUAAUAUUAUGGCAAUGUUGGAAGGUCCUUUUUUUCCUUGUAUCUUGGUAUCUAUAUAGGAAUUCAAAUAUGAGACAGAUAUAUUGACUUUAUCCAUAUUAAGGAUGAUUUAAUAUAAUUCAAUUUUGUUAGGUGAAGAAA